AUGAAGAAACAUCAAGAAACGAAUGAAACCGUACCGAAACAAGAGUGAAACACCAUUUGGGACAAGAAACACGCGAACGCCAUCUGUAGCUGUCAAUUGGGCAGACGUGUGUUUACAUUAUUGUGAGUGCGCUCUCUCUUCGCAUUUUGGCUGAAAAAUGGUGAAAAACGUGAAGUACGACAAGAAGAAGCGGUUGAAAAAGGUUGCCAAAAAGCCUGUGCAGAAGGAGAAUGCAACACAGAAGGAGGACGAUGAGAUUGAGAGCCUCAAGAGUGGCUAUGAAACGAUAAACACAAAUGACAUAACCUCAUUCGAGGACAUGCCUCUGUCCAGGAAGACUCUUCAGGGGCUCAAAUCCUGCAAAUAUGAGACGCCAACAGAGAUCCAGAAGCUCUCGAUAGCCCAUGCACUUCAGGGGAAGGAUGUGUUGGGCGCAGCUGUGACAGGGAGUGGAAAAACCUUGGCUUUCCUCGUGCCAAUCUUGGAGACACUGUUCGUGAGGAAGUGGACAAGAUACGACGGCGUGGGGGCGAUUGUGAUCACACCGACGCGGGAGCUGGCAUACCAGAUAUUCGAGACACUGAAGAGAAUUGGAUCGCACCACGAUUUCUCGGCUGGCCUGAUUAUUGGCGGGAAGAACUUGAAGUUCGAGCGAACACGAAUGGAUCAGUGCAACAUCAUCAUCUGCACUCCGGGACGUCUGCUGCAGCAUAUGGACCAGACGGCCCUAUUCAACUGCGACUCUAUGCAGCUUCUCGUGCUGGACGAGGCGGACAGGUGUCUGGACAUGGGAUUUGAGCCCACAAUGAAUGCCAUCGUUGAGAAUCUGCCCCAAGAGAGGCAGACACUGCUCUUUUCCGCCACGCAGACGCGUUCAGUGAAGGAUUUGGCGAGACUGAGCCUCGUGGAUCCCAUCUAUGUGGCGCCCCAUGAGCAGCAAGCCACCGUGAAAGUCACUCCGGACAAUUUGACGCAUAGUUACUUGGUGUGCGAGCUGAAGGACAAGAUCACGAUGCUGUGGUCGUUCGUGAAGCACCACAAGAGGAGUAAGAUCAUCGUGUUUCUGGCCAGCUGCAAGCAGGUGAAGUACGUGCACGAGAUCUUCUCAAAACUGCGUCCGGGAGUGAGUCUUCUGGCGCUGUACGGAACUCUGAGUCAGGAUCGACGCGUGGCAGUGUACAAUGACUUCAUGCAGAAGAGCGCAGUUGUGCUUCUGGCCACGGACAUUGCCUCUCGCGGUCUGGAUUUCCCGUCUGUGAAUUGGGUGGUGCAGCUGGACUGUCCGGAGGACGCUGUGGCGUAUAUUCAUCGUGCUGGGCGGACGGCAAGAUUCAAUGCCAACGGCGAGAAUCUUCUGGUGGUGUUGCCAAGCGAGGAGGAAGGCAUCUUGGCAGAGCUGAAAAGCAGGAACAUCUCCAUCGAGAGCAUCUCAAUCGAUGACAAAUUCAUGUUCUCGCCUCACGCGAAGAUCGAAGUGCUUCUGUCCAAGUUCCACGAGCUGAAGGAAUCCGCCCAGAGGGCUUUUCUGGCCUACAUCAAGAGUGUGAUGCUGAUGAAGAAGAAGGAGAUUUUCAAGGUGGAUUCUCUGGACAUUGAUGGCUUUGCCAGGUCACUUGGACUCGUCACGACGCCUCGAGUGCGCUUCCUGGAUCGCUUCAGGAAGCGAAUGGGCAUAAGUAAGCCUGUCGCAGCGCCUGAGGAACUUGAUUUUGGACUCAAUGAUUCAGACGAGGAGGAAUUCAUUGUGAAGGCGAAGCCUCAAUUGGAUUUAGGACACGAAGAACCUUCCACAUCGUCAUCACUGGCCAAGAAUAAGCCCAAAGUGAUCUCCAAGGCGUCAGCAGCGAAGACGGUGCUUAAGAGGAAGAUUGCCGUGAAUACGAAGAUCAAAUUCGACGAGGAGGGAGAGCAAAUGGCCACGAUUAACACUCGUCACACGGACAUUGGCCAGGAGUCUGGCGAAGCGUUCGACGGAAUUGAUCUGCAAAAGGCAAAGGCGGGCAUGCGGGAAGAGGAUAAGUUCGAUCAGGAGCGAUACAAGGAGAUUCUGAAGGCGAGGCGCAAAGCCAAGAAGGAGAAGAAGAAGCGCCAGAAGGAGAAGGAAGAGGAGCAGGAUGAUUUUGGCAGUGAUUCUGCUGACGAUGAACCUGAUCUGUCGUGGCUGCCCAAUCCCGAUGAGGUGUAUGGAAGGGAAGAGGGGCAAGAGUGUUCAGAGAGUGAGCCAGAGAAGCCGGUGAGGAAGAAAGCAAAGAAGGAUUUGUCACUGAACGAGGCUGAAUCUCUGGCACUGCAGUUGAUUGGAUAGUAAGAAUUUGUUCUCUUUAUUCUUCAUGUUGUAUCCUAGAUAACAAUAUUACACAUGAAUAAAAAUAUGCUCAUUAUGUGGAACAAUGUUGUUAAAACUUUGUGAGGAAAACAAUCAGCCUAGAUUUCUCUCAAAGUAGGUUCGAAAAGUGUAACAAGUUUUAAGUAUAAAAAUUCUCUUUACAAUCUUGUCGCUUGGCACGGGCGCUUCGCUCCCUCCGCGGAGCAGUUCAGUUGGACAGAGAACUGCUCAUGGAGAGAGG